CUUCAGUUCUUCAAACUCAAGUUCAUCUUUUUAUACUGUGCAACUGUGAUAAAUAUUAUAGAACAGUUCAACAAGUGGUUGUCUCUUCAUAUAAUGACAUCCCACAACAUUUUGGUUCCCUGUAGGAACUGGCCGUCAUAUUAGUUUUAUCCUCUGCUGGGGCAUGAACAUUCAGAGCAAUUAUAUCAGACUAGCUACCACUGAGUAUCACAUAUGACCUAUUGGUAACAAACUCUUCCUUCUUAACUGCUGAUGUGAUUGUCUUAUGUAGGGAAGAAAAGCCUGUACCUAAUUCAAGAUUCACCUGCGGGUUCUGUUCCUGAUGAGGUGCCACAAAUGAAAUAUAAGGUUCCAGUGUGCUUGUGGCAUGUUGGGAACAGUCGUUUUAUGAUAAGUGGAAUGGCCAAGGCUUCAAACUGGUAUGUUGUAAAGUCAAUUAAGGUGAGUUAUUACCUUUCUGCUGUAGCCUUCUUAUAUUCAUGUUUAUGGUAUAGAGUCUUGCUAUUAAGCUGUAAAGUAAAGUUCAUUGUAUAUAGCUUUGAAGGUUAUUAGAUUAUCUUAAAGCCUCUCUGGAUGAUGUUGGCAGUUGUGGUGCAUACAGUUAGUCCUGUUAUCGAUGCUGGUGAUAGUAGGGUCCCUUGUAUGUUGGUUUUACUCGUAUUAUUUGCAUUUAUACGCAUGCUUCAUUUCAGUUCCUCGGACAUCAUACUGGUAAGCUGUAAUCUGGUGUCAUUUGUGACAUUACCGCCAUUGUUAUAAUGAAUCUUAAAUUGUUCAUAACUAGCAUUUGAGUUACGAUUAAUUAAAUUUGAGUUCAACAGACACUUAUGGCAUUUUCCAGACUUACUCCUCUUCCUUGUAUUGAGGUAUCACGGAAUAUUCAGCUCUUUUUUCUUCCAGGGCACUGAAUGGAUGUUGGCUCAUCCCUGUCCCGUUGAUGUGUGGCAUAAAUAAUUAAGUAAAUGCAAUGAUAUGAAGACAUUGCUGCAUGUAUAUGAAGUGCUCACAUCACUUCCCCAGUGUUAAUGAGUCCAUGCUGUAGCAUUCUGAGAACAUAACUGUCUUUGUGGUCUGGCAUUUAUAUACAAGUAUCAUCAGUGAAGAGGCUUGCGGAAUAUGGAUUCCAUAAAAACAGAAAAUUAUCUGUAUGGGUUGGGUGAAAAUGAUUCCAUUGGCAUGAAAACUAAGGAGGUUUACAUACCAUCAGCAAUUUCCAUAAUAAAGGAUGAACCUGAGAACAGUACAGAUAUCCUGAAGGUUGAACCUGGUUCAAGCAAUGAGACAUAUCCGGCAUCUUCUCAUGAAGGAACUCAGGUCAGAGACAAAAAAGUUGAGGUCUCAAAUGCUCAAGAGGUGGAGGAUCCUCUGCUAAUAUCAUUACCAGGAAUAAAGGCUAAACAUGAGUAUUGUAUGGAUUUCCUGAAGCCUGAGCCUGGAUUAAGUAGCGAGGCAUGUCCAACAUCAUCUCAUGAUGGGAAUCAGAUCAUUGACAUAAAAGUUGAGGUCUCAGACACUCAGGAUGUGGAGGAUCCGCUGCUAAUAACAUUACCAGAAAUAAAGGCUGAACAUGAGAUUAUUCAGAAUGCAGAUCAGCUUAUGCAUGGUGAGGACCAUCCAUAUUCUUGUAAUCUGUGUCAUAAGUCAUUUGGUACACAGAGGAAACUGAAGAGACAUGAGCAUGUACAUAAUGGGAAGCGUCAAUACUCCUGUCCUAGUUGUAGUAAGUCACUUGGUACUAAGAGAGAUCUGAAGAGACAUCAGCGCAUACACAGUGGGGAUCGUCCAUAUUCCUGUGAUGUGUGUAAUAAGGCAUUUACUAUGAAGAGUGACUUGAAGAGACAUCAACGCAUACAUAUUGGGGACCGUCCAUUUUCCUGUGAUGUUUGUAGUAAGUCUUUCAUUGUGAAGCGUGAUCUGAAGAUGCAUCAACAUGUACAUAGUGAAGAACGCCCUUAUUCCUGUGAUGUAUGUAAUGUGAAAUUUGGGAGAAAAAAUUAUCUGAAGGCACAUCAUGAACGCAUACACAGUAUGGAGCGUGCAUAUUCUUGUGACGUGUGUACUAAGUCAUUCACAAUGAAUAGCAUUCUGAAGAGACAUCAACGUAUACACAGUGGGGACCGUCCGUACUCAUGUGACAUAUGCAGUAAGUCUUUCCGUAUGAAAAAUGUUCUGAAGACUCAUCAGCGCAUUCACAGAGGGGAGCGUCCUUAUUCCUGUGAUUUGUGUAAUCAAGCAUUUAGUACUGGGAGCAUUUUGAAGAACCAUCAACGUUUACAUAGCGGGGAUCGUCCAUAUUCCUGUGACAUAUGUAAUAAGUCAUUUAGUAGGAAGGGUACUCUGAUGAAGCAUCAGCACUUACACAGUGAGGGGCAUCCAUAAUCAUGCAAAAGUAUAAUGCUAUUUUUGGUGUACAACUUCUCUCAAGGUCCAUCAAUCUAGUUAAAUGUAUAGCUGUCAGAUUCGUAUUAUGUGUCUAGCAAAUCUUUGGAAGACUAAAUUGCAGGUAAUUCACAAAUAGUGGUCAGCAGGUAUGUACUUGUGAUGUGUGUAAAAAGUUUGUUAUAAUAUUUUUUUAAGAUGUGUGCAUGGUAAAAAUUGUCCAUACAUAUGUGAUGUGUGUAAAUCAUUAUCUACUUUGAAGACACAUGAGUUUGUAUAUGGAGCAGUCAUAUUCCUGUCAUGUGUGCAAUAAAUGACUUCUUCACCAAAGUUGAAAACACCACAUGCACACGUACGUGUAUGUUUUGAGUUGUUAAUUUUCAGAAUAAUUCAAAGCUAUGUGAAGGUAUAUGUGCUGGAAAGACUGGAAAGAUCUGUUGGCCUGCGACAUGUGCAGUCUUUCAGGAGAAGUGUUCUGAAUAUGCUGUAGCACAUACUUGUGAGUGUUCCUUUUCUUUUGAUUUGCGACAAUUAUUUAGUAAAGAAAAUCUUGAGCCAUGAGACAUGUCAGUUAAAAAUUGCUGACAUUUCAGGGACCAUCCCUGUUCCAUGAUCAGGAUCUGAUGUGACAUAAGAUUCAGGCUGUCCUAUACCAGCAUGCAGACCGUGAUUGGAACUGAGCAUGAGCCAGUGGAAUGCUGGUGGGUGGAGUCAUAAGUUUGUCCUGGACAUGUCUUCAGAUUGUUUUGUUCUCACACUGCUUUAUCAUAUUGGUCACCAGGUACCAGGACUGACUAAGACUGAGAUCCCCAUCACUGUUAAGUUCCUGUGGUGGAGGCUGAUCUGAGUGGUCUCCUUUAUUAAGUUGUCCAUGUAGCCUGGUAAUUUAUCCAGUAUGGUGGUACUGCUGAAUUUGAUACUGUGGUGUAUUUGCUCUAUGCAUGAACUGUUGAGCCACAGAGGCCUCGGGGUACAUGCACAACGUGAGGGUUGUGGAUUGUAUUGGCGCGUUGCUAGGCGACAACUCUGUGACUGCUUGGAUAGCGCAACAGGAAGUGUGAGUGACGUCACAUACCCCCAAUCAUCCCAUUGCUAUGUGACGCUCAGUAAACACCCCUCCCCGCUAGGCUGUGAUGUCAAACAACAGUAGGGCAUCUAUUGCUAGGCAAUGCAUGGGUAGACACGCCUGACAACAGUACCCGUCAUCUGUUGCCGAGCAGCAAUGUGUUUUCUAUGUGGUCUGUGCCAAGCCUAUAUAAGGGGCAGCGAACACUAUUCAGGCAGUAUUGAGUAUGAGUUACGAGCAGUAUCAAAUACUGAGGAUGGGGUACUUCGAGAGUAUUGUGAGUACUUGGGACUUCGUAGAAGAUCUGUGAAGAUUUAAGUUUGAUUUAGAAGACUUUGUGUGUGCGACGGUGCAAUGGAUUAUAAGGUUAUGUAAAUCAGUAAUAGCGCUGUGUAUCAGAAUGUAACCAAGCUGUUAAUAAAUCCAAUCAUCCGAACUAGAACCUGUCACUUGUAACCCCCUACACACUACUGUGGCCUGUUUCACAUUUAUGUUCUGCUGCUGCUGCUGGCCAAGGUUUAUGUGCCUCAUGGUUCUGCCUGCCUGCCCAGCAUACACUUUGCCACACUCACAGGGGACGCAACAUAUAUCCCAGCAACUUUUAGGCCUAACUUGCCCUUUAUAGGUCUGACUAUGUGGAUGUUUUUCUUCACAGGUAUGUGAAUUGUCUUAUUGCUGCGUUUGGAGAGGAGCCUGCUUAUUUUUCAUGUUAGCCAUUAGCCAUCUCACAUGCAACUUGCUUUUUAAAACCCUUAAAAUAUUUUAAACAUUAAAAUCUCUUCUACAUCGCAUUAAAUACUUUGACUAACAUUGGUGAUCUUUAAGUGUCUCUGAAAUUGCUGAUGAAGCUGCUGUGCUUCCGUCCACAAGUUCAAUUUUUGGGAUAUGCCCUCGUCUAUGUGCCCAUGUGUCUGUAACAUGUAUUACUAUUUUGUGUAUGAUGUGUUGCUGUUUCUUAUAUAUACUUACCCUAUUGUUACGGGUAGUUCCCCUUACUGUGUCAUGUGUGGCUGUUAUGAAUGUUUGCUAAGGUGGUUUUUUUUAACAUGUAUAUGCAGAAAUGGCCUAAGCUAUGCCAAUCCAGCCCUCUACAGCACAUUCUUUUAAGGUUUGCUCUGUUUUAUUUAAAGUGUGUGUGCUGCUAUAUAGUGUGUAAUUGUUGUAAUGUUUCAAAUAGUGGGUUAUAAAUGUCAAUAUAUGCAAUCUA